AUGCUACGGCGACUUGGUGCCAAUGUUAGCAACAUGGCGCGCCCGAUGAACAAAUACGCGGUGACGGUGUCGCCGCGGCGUCAUCUGGAGCCCAUGAGCACGUGGUACCUUGCCUCUUGGGCUAUGGUGUGGUAUUAUGCUUUUUUCUUUUGGAUGCCAAUGGUGUGGACGGACAUUAUGGUGCCCUCUUUCGUGUAUAACAAGCUUCCAGUCAUUCACUUUCUCCAGGAGAAGCGGGCGGAGCAGAAGCUGCGCCGUGUGUUGGAUGAAACCUAUACUGAAUGGACCGAGGAGCUUGAUCAGGCACACGUAACAGAUGCCAUUACUCGCUCACUCAACAUUUAA